GACGACGGAUGGUUUUUUUUUUUUUUAUCUUACCGCAGUGUCGGCACUUUUUUUUUUCCUCUGCACUGCACCGCACCGCUCUGCGGAUCGCCCCGGGCUGCUGUCGGCGCAUGCGCAUUGCCAUGAGAUAACGAGCCGGUCACGGAACUUCCCUCCUCAUUCAUCCUUCUUUUUUAAUUUCAUUUAUUUUUCACCUUUCUAUAAUCUAAUAGGCGCUGAUCUCUAAGGGUCCUUCUCAUUUGCCUUGAGAUUUAGAAAUAGGGUUAUAUUUAAAAAGAGAUCUGGUUAAGAUCCUUUCUCCAGUAGAUCUCUUGUAGAAUAGAUCUACUGUGUGUGCGUGUGUGUGUGUGUGAGGCUUUAGUUCAGUGACCGCAUCAUUGUUGCAUCAAAUAGCAAAGAAAAUGGCAAAGGACGGGAACAAGAGCGGAUGGAAAGAGUUCAUCUGGAACCCGAGGACCCGCGAGUUUUGCGGGAGGACCGCCAGCAGCUGGGGCCUGAUCCUUUUGUUCUACUUGGCCUUCUACAUUUUUCUGGCUGGAUUAUUCUGUGUCACCAUCUACGUCAUGCUCCUGACCCUCGAUGAUAACAAACCCACCUACCAAGAUAGGCUUGCUACACCAGGCAUGAUGAUCAGACCUACAGGUGAAGAUCUGGAGAUCAUCUACACCAAGGAGAAUACAGAGAGCUGGGACACCUAUGUACAGGCACUGAACAGCUUCCUCUCACCAUACAACAACUCAGUGCAGGAGCAAAAUAACAUGGUCUGUAUCCCAGACGAGUUCUUCAUCCAAGAGGACAGUGACAGCGUGAAGAACAACCCUAAGCGCUCGUGCCAGUUCAAGCGCAGCUGGCUGGAGGAAUGCUCAGGCCUCACUGACCUCACCUAUGGCUAUGGCAAUGCCAAUCCCUGCGUUAUCAUCAAACUCAACCGGGUGAUCGGCAUGCUGCCAGGGAAGGAUGGUCCUCCACCAAGUGUUAGUUGUGGUCCCAAGAAAUACAAAAUCAACCUAGAUGAGUGGGGUGACGACGGAGACAAGAUGGGGAACAUGACAUACUUUCCUCCCAAUGGCACCUUUAACCACAUGUACUUCCCAUACUACGGCAAGAAGGCACAGGUGAACUACUCGCAGCCACUGGUGGCCGUCAAGUUCACAAACCUGGCGAGGAACGUUGACGUGAACGUGGAGUGCAGAAUCAUUGCCAGCAACAUCCAGUCCAACAACGACCGUGACAAGUUUGCCGGCCGCAUCUCAUUCAAGCUGAGGAUCAACUCGAAGGAUUAGUUUGAAGGAAGUCUACACCGUUCCUUAGAAGCUCUUGUGUAUACACAUAGACAUCUGCUUUAUACACACACAUACACCAUACACCAUGUUAGGAGACAAACACACCAUUCUCAAGCAAUCAAACAUGUCACCAAAAAUAAGACGAAUUUGUGUAUGUGUGUAUGUGUGUGUGUGUGUGUGUGUGUGUGUAUACACUAAGUGUUUCCUAGUAUUACCAAUUUAAUCUGAACAUGAGAAAUCUAUUUAUACUGCAUGACUAUAAUGUAAAAGAAACAUUUAUGAUGGGAAGCAGUGAGGAUUUGAUGGAUAGGUGGCGAGGUUGUGAUCGAUCAGGUCACGUGACUCAAAAAUAAGGCAAAACACCGAUAUCAAAAGCGUACGAAAUAUACGACUUGAGAGCUAGGGGGUGUUUAUAAAGGAUUAUCUUUCUAGCGCCGUUUUUCUGCAUGUGAGUGUGUGUGUGUGUGAAUGAGUGUGUGUUUGUGUGCGUAUGUGUGUCUGUGAAUUCUCUCCUAUGCUUACUCACUAAUAAUAUGAAUAUUUUCUAAACUACAACUUAGUACCAGAUUAUACAAUAUAUCCCAACACCCUGAAAAUCUUCAAAUAUCAUUAAACACGAUGCUUAGUAAUUUAAUUAACUGGCCAUUUUUAUAUCUGUAAAAAUGCCUGACAACUUUUCAGCCACACAGCUGUACCCUAGCAACGUUCUGGCUUCAACCGGAUUGGCCAACAGGUGUGAAUCACCACCCAAUGAAGCAUCACAUUCGUGUAUGGGCUGCUCUUGAUGUUUGUAUUUACGUGUUAUAAAUAGAUCCAGACGACAACAUUAGAGUAAAAAACGAUAACAUAUCCGGCACUGUUGUGUCUAAAAUGGUGAAAAGCUCUAAAAACAAUUCUGCAAUUCACCUUCAUUUUAUCAUCACUGCUGACGUCACGCACACGUUCUCCAUCCAGCGCGCCUCAUUUACACGAGGUGAAGCUUUUUAUGCUUAUUUAUAUACAUAUAUAUCUAAAUGUAUAAAUAAGUAAUAUAUUAUAGUUUUGCAUGUAUAAUAAUGUAUUUCAUGUCGAUUUAAAGAAAGAAAGAAGGAAAGAAAGAAAGAUUCUGACAUUUGUAUUGAUUUGCACUUGGUCUAGUUUGAUUGAUGUGAGUGUGUUUCAGUGUGUGGGAGUGUGUGCAUGUGCAUAUAUCGUUAUAUAUGCCACUAAACGUGUGUGUGUGUGUGUGUGUGUGUGUGCGCGUGUCUUUACCUUAUCCUCAUAUUUUGUUCUAUGUAUUAUAUAUUUUUGGGAGCAUUCACUCUCCGUUAAUAGUCAAGUGAUAGAGAUCGUAGAAAAGUAGAAAAGUGGAGUGUCUUAGAUUUUUUUUUUAUUAUUAUUAAGAAAUCUUUCCACAUAUAAAAGAAACAAAAAAUAAAACGCUACACUCAUCUUUUUUUACAAUUUUUUUUUUUUUUACUGUGUAUGCUCUCCUGAGCCGAGACAAAUCCGUUUGUUUUGUCUCUCUUCCAUUUUUGCUCUUUAAUUAAGGGGCGCACACACACACAGACACACUCACACACAAACACACACAUGUGCUGUGUCCUCCAGCAGAUCAGAUAUGUGUGCUCUCCAUCUACCUGCCUAAUCUCUUAAUCUGAUUGGUUAAUCCAGGACAGGGAGGUCAUGUUAUCCCCAUCCCCCAUAUUUUUUCUUAUUUUGAAUCUUUCUUAAUUUCACUCCUUUUUUUUUCUUGAUCUCUUCUUUUAAAUUUCAUUCUUUUUUGUGAACUCCUUGAUCUAUUUUUCGGUGUGUUUGCAUUUUCCCUCCACCUCGAGUACUUCUUGUCUUUCUGACCAUUCCUUACUGCUGUAAUUGUGUGUAUAUGUGUGUGUGCUGGAGGCACCUCCUGUGCUCUCUCUCUCUCUCUCUCUCUCUCUCUCUCUCUCUCUCUCUCUCACUCUCUCUCUCUAUGUAUCUCUCUCUCUCACUCUCCCUCUGGUGCAUAUUUAUUACCACAGUGGAUAGCUGAUCUUUCAGACCACAAGGGUCCAAGUCAUAAAUAUUCAUGAGCUACAGGUUUCGUGUCGCAUAUCAUUAACCGCGUCUGUCACAGCCUUCCAUGUAGGUGUAUUAUAACAAAAAAUAAAUAAAACUGACAGCUGAAUAACCAAUUCAGACAUUUUAAACAGGACACACAUAACAACAACAAUGUUUAAAAUACCAAAUCAUCUAAAAACACAUCAAAUCAGAUUUCAUGAUCUGCGUAAUUUUUGCUUUGCCCCUCCCCCACCCCAGGUCACUGAAGAAGCCGGAUCGUCAGUGUUACUUGCCGCCAUUUCACAGCUAACGGGAAAUAACUAUUUGACAAAGGUGAUGCGUUAAAAAAGCAAUAUUACGCGGCGUAUUAUCUUUCGGAUUGCCUUUUUGAGUUGGUCAGAGUGUAGCAAUAUGAAAUGUAGUAUAUUAUUGGCAUUAUAGAUAAAUAGAUAGAUAGAUAUUUAGAAAUAUAUAGAUAUAUAUUAUUCUAUGUACAUCUGAAAAAAGUCAGAUAUAUAAUACAUGGUUUGAUUGUGUGGAAUUUUUUUUUUCUUUUAAAGUUAAAAAGAAAACAGUGUGUAUUUUUACUCUUGUUGCUUUCUCAUUUGAAAAGAAGAAUGUAAUGCUAUGGAAUGUAAAAUAAAAAAAUGUUUUACGCUUGAAAUUAUUAACCAAAUAAAAUGCGAACUCAAGAGCUACAUGAAAAUUUGAACGCUCCUCUGUGCGCUGUAUUUCGUUGUGGGAAAUGUACACAAAAUUCACACACACACACACACACACACACACACAAACACACAGACAUAUUUUGAAGAGAAUAUUAGAUUAUUAUAUUUAUAAAUCAUAAUCAUAAUCCAACCUGACUUUCACAUGUCAUUACUAUAAUCUCUGUCUCUCUCAUUUAAUUUUGUCUCUGUACAAAUGACAGUAACACACACACACACACACACAGAGCGAGAGAAAGGUAGAUUAGGGCGCAUUAAGGGUAUUUGGGAGUCUAAAAUAAACCUAUCACGAGCAGGUGACAAUCAUUCACACACACACACACACACACACGGUGCUGUCACUAUGUUGUUUCAAACCCACAUCACAGACUAUGGUCUGUGUUGUACAAAAAUGCAUGAGAUCUGAUUCUGACUUAGUCAGUUUAAGUAGAUCUGUU